AUGUUUAAUAAAACUAAGAAAUUCCUAACAUUAAUAUAUUAACCAAUUAGACAUCCCUUCAAAACAUUUUAGAAAUCAUUUGCUAUUGAAUAAGAAUGGAAAAAUGUAAAAUUAGUUUUGUAACCACAUAAAGGAAAAAUUACUACACUAAUUGCAUUAAUAACUUUUCCCAUUUAUAAGGAUUUUUUUCAAACUAUUAGAAAUUCAUUUGUUUCAACAGUUUAGAAUGAAUUAGGACCAGGAUAACCCUUUGAAGUCUUUCUUAAUAGCUUUGUUAAAGUAAACUUGUUUUGAUUAUUAGACUGAAGUUUAAACAAUCCUUAGAGAUAAUGUUGUAUAAUAAGAAUCAGUAGAUUUUGUAUAAAGAUUAGGAAAGCAAUAAUAGGUUUAAGAUAGUAUUGUUACUUUGCUUAAAAAAUCAAUAUAAGAUCCUUCAUUUUUAGAGGAUUCAAAAGUAUUUGGAAAGAAAUUAGUUUUGGAUUUACUUUCAGAUAAAUUAAUUCAAGAAUAAACUCAAAAAUUAAUAAUUUAAGUAAUAAAUGAUCCAAUAUUCAAAUAUGAAGUGAAAGAAUUUUGUAAAUCAUUAUCACAAGAAUAAGAAAUUAAUCAAGCGUAAAUUUUAAAUUUAUUUGAGAGUUGCAGAUAUAUUAAAAAAUGCUGCAAUUGACCCUAGCUUUAGAGCUGCUUUUGCAAAUGCAUUAUCAUACGCUUUUAAUGAUGUUAUGUUGAGAUAAGACACCACAGAAAAAAUAAGGAUGUUUUUAUUUUUCUUAAUGGAACAUGAUAAAACUUAGGAAUAAGGAAUCAAAGGAUUUAUAGAUAUGGUUAUUGCUAAAUUAUUUAAUAAGUAUUUAAUUUUUAGAACUUAGAAAAACUUUAAUAAGCAAAACAAAUGAAUUUGAUUCAUUAAUGGAAGUGCUUUUGGGAAAAGAAAAAUUUUUUAAUUUAGCUGAAGAACAUAAAUUCUCAGGUCAAAAAAAUUCUGAUGUCUAUUGAAUCCUAC